AUGGACGGCGCUGCGGACGGCAGCGCGCUGCGGCUACUGCUGCACUGCUACCGCUGCCAGGCGAUGUACAAAUGGGCCGGCAACGUGGCGGAGGAUGCAGAGAAGACGUUGUGUGAGGAACCUGGCGCCAGCAAGCUGCUGCUGAGCCGCGCCGAGUUGCAGCUGGCGCAGGGCGGGGGUUCCGCGGCGGAACCGGCGGAAGCGCAGCGUCGGUUCCGAAAGUUGGACCUGCCGGGCUACGAGGGCCUGGCGCUGCUGGUGCGGGCGCGCCAGGAGUUGGCGCAAGGGGUACUGGGAGCACCUGCAGCUGUAGAGUGGGCGUCCGACGCUGUGGAAGCCUUCCAAGUGGAUGGCCACAGCCACGGCCUGGGCCGGGCGCUUUUGCUGCUGGCGGAAGCGCAGUGGGCGCUGCAGGAUCCCAAAGCGGACCACACCGUGGCCAAAGCGCUGGAGGUCUUCAAGUGGUGCGGCGACGAGAGAUGGCAGGCGCAUACGCUGCAGCAAAUGGCUGUGUGGUCAUGGAAGGACUUGCCGCACCUUGCUGUGCAGCAUGCGGAGGCUGCCUUGUUCCUCUGGAAGAAACACAGCUGCUCACUGCUCCGCGAGGCCCAACUCGCGGAGGUGCUGUGCGCCGCGUAUUUACGGCUGCAGGAGCCUGAGGUGGCGCUGCGAUCCGUUCGCAGCUGCCUGAACCGUGCGCGCGAAGCAGGCGACAGGAACAUAGAAGGACACAUGAUGUAUGCGGCGAUAAGCGCCAACCAGGCGUUGCAGGGUUUGGAAGCUGCUUGCCAAGCGGCCGACACCGCAGCGAUGAUCUUCCAGGACGUGGGGAACAGAAAUAUGGAGCUGGCGGUGCUGCUCGCGAAGUGCGAGGCGCAGCUAGGGAGCUCCGCGAAGGACGCGCUGGACACAGCCAAGCAGGCUGUGGCGUUGGUGCAGGAGGCAGGCAUGGAGAAGGAAGAAGCUGCUGGCCUGGCUUGGGCGCAGCUGGCUGCCGUGCAGACUGCCCAGGAGGAGUUCAACGCUGCUCGCAAGGGCAUGCAAGCAGCCAUCGAGGCCUUCCAAAGUGCCGGCCAAAGAAGCCGCGUGGCCCGGGCCAAGAUGCAGCAGGCGGAGAUCUUCGUGAGGAUGAAGGACAUGACGCUGGCCGGGCCUGUGAUCUUGGAGGCGAGGCGAAUCUACCAGGACUUGGGCGACCUCAAGGGAGAAGCCUCGGCGCUGAUGAUGCUGUCACGCGUGCAGCUUGCGCGGGACCCGAAGAAGGCCAUGCGGGCCGCGGAGUGGGCGUCCGAGCUGUAUCGCCAAACUGGCGACCAAGUGUCCUGGGCAGAUGCUCUCAUAUUGCUGAGCCAGGCUGCCCUGGCCGGCGUCUCGCAGGGGCACUUUGCCCCAGAGCUGCUGCCUGCCUUGCAGGCUGCCCAGGAUGCGUUGGCCAUCGCCAAGCACCUGGAGGAGCACCUGUUGGCGGCGUAUGCGCACCUGGCCCUGGCGCGGGUCCAGGUGGUGGCACGUCCCCUGUUGAAGGAGGCUUGGCAGAACUCUGUCCAGGCCUGCGAGUUGUUCAGCCUGGCGAGUUCCGCUAGCGGCCUGGGGUGUGGCCUGGAAGUGCAGGCGAUAGCCUUGCACCACUUAGAGUACAAGCGGGAAGCUGCCGAAGCCUGGCAGAAGGCCAAAGAGGCGUACCGCCAGGCUGGCGACCAGGAGAGCGCUGCCCGCUGCGACCAGACCCUCCACGAGAUGGGUGCGAGCAAGGCAGCUACCCAAGCUCCGGCGCCGGAGGAGCAAUUGAUGCAGCUGGAGCCUUUGAUGCCGUUGGCGCUGAAGGAGCCCAAGAGGGAACGCAAGGAGAUCCAGGACCUGUCCCUCUUGCAUGGAGAGGACCUCGUCAUGGCCCAGCUCACAAAGAUCAUGCAGGACCUGGGGGUAGACGAUAUUGAAAUGGACGAGGGCCUGAUGAGUGCAGGGAUGACCAGCAGGGCUGCAGUGCAGCUCAGAAGCGAGAUGGAGCAGACCUUUGGGAACCUCCGGAUCCCGGGCACUCUGGCCUUCGACCAUCCAAGCAUCAGGUCAAUAGCAGGCUGGAUGGCGGAGAACACUGACCUUGUCGCAGGGUGA